GCCGCCUCCCCUGCCAGCCCCCGGCUCGCCGCCGGCCCCGCCGCCCUCGGGAGGUACGAAAGGAAACAAAGCACAUGAAAGGAGGGAAGUGGCGUCAGCACUCUGCAGCCACAGGAGACCGCUGGGGAAGGGGACCUGCGACUUCCACGGUGCAGCACGGGAGGUACCUGAAGAGAGGGAUGCAGUACGGAUUCAUCCUGUAAACACUUCCUGGGCUCACUUCCUUGGGGAAUAAGUACUGAUAAGUACAAACUUCAGAGAGGGUCUAAACCCCAUCCCUGAUGUUUUAGGACCCUGCCCUGACGUGCUGUCCUUGCAAGCUGAUACUUGGAUAAGAUCCUAGUUGUCAGCAUGAAAGGAAAAGCUGCAGGCAGUGGGUGGCAAUGUGCACCCCAAAAGCAGCCCUCUCCCUGCGACCGCCACAAACACGCCUGCACUGUCUGCCGGGGGUUUGUGUAUCUCCAUGGAGGACGGAGCACCACCAGCCUCGGGGAUUUCUGGAGAUACAACAUAGCGAAAAAUGAAUGGGAAAUGCUGGAUUGCUCAAGAAAUGGUCCAGAAGAACUGGAGGAACAUUCAAUGGUGGCUUAUAAGGGCACCCUGUGUGUUUUUGGUGGGAUGCUGGACUCUGCUUUCACACAAGCAAAAACCCCUCUCUGGAUAUAUGACAUUGAUUCUGCAAGAUGGACAGAGUGCCGUAACGUACCAGCAGAGACUGAGAGCUCAGCACCAACCAACAGGAAAGGGCACAGUGCAGUAGUGUACCACUCCAGCAUGUACAUCUACGGGGGAUACUUGGGCAUCAGAGGCAUUUCACAGGAGUUCUGGACUUUCCAUUUUGACACAAGAAAAUGGUGGUGUGUUUCCACCCCACCGCACAGUCCUGGCCCUGGCCCUCGGCAUGGCCAUUCAGCAGUGGUUUAUCGCAUGGGCAUGUACCUCCUGGGAGGACUGAUGGGGCUGAGCGAACAAAAGGACUUAUGGAAGUGGGACUUCGUAAGCAGCAGCUGGUCCAACAUCAGAACAAGCCAAGGACCUCCUCCAGUGGUGGGCCAUGCUUCAAUAGUCUUCAGAGACUCUAUGCUGGUUUUUGGUGGAGGGAUUUCCAAUUCCAGCCCUACUGAUGACCUCUGGAAGUAUCAUUUCCACACACAGACGUGGAAGAAGCUCAGUAGUACUACAAAGGCAAACUUUUCUCCCAAAAUGUAUCACUGCAUCUUAGGGAUUGGCGUUGAUUUCCAGGCUGCCUCGGGCCUGAGCAGCCCGUUGCGCAGCCCUUGGCAGAGCGGGCAGCAGGACCCUGCCCAGCCGGUGCCUGCCCCAAAGCCCCUUCGCUCCUGCAGCUCCUUCCGCCCGCGGCACACAGACAGCGACGCGAUCGAAAUGAAAACCUUCAGCUCGCCCCUGGAGCCAGGGGCCUCCUCUGCUCCUCAGCCCACUGCAGAGGCAGAACGAGACCCAAAGGGAGCAACAAGCAUUUUGGCGAAGGACACAUCCCUCCGUCUGUUUGUCUCUUCAGAAAAAGACACUUUAGCUGCCACUCGGGUUUUGGGUAAAGAGGAAGGAGCAGGCUUUCAGCCUGCAGCUCCAGGGGGUGAGGGUGGCAGUGACGCCAACGUGCUGCUGCUCAUUGGGGGUAAACCAUUGUCCAGCUUCUCUGAGAUCUCCUUCUGGCAAAUGCAACUGAAGUGCUUGUGAUGGAUUUGACUGGAAUGCCAAAGAAGAAACAUCCACCAGUGUGUCAGGAGGUGUACAGCAGCUGCUUGUGACCGCCUCACGUAUCCCAUCAGCACAUUGUGGGGAGAGAAAUGAAGCCUUCUCAUACUUGCUGUGAACAGAUUUUUGUUGACAAUGUGAACAAAACCCAACAUUCCCCUUAAUGUAAGUCACAACUUAUAAGUUGCAGUUUCUCAGAGGAGCUUGUUGGGGCGCUGCUCUUCUUGUUACUUUCCUUCUGCUCCGUUAAUAGCUUUUUGGAUUGCAGUGGCUGAUGCUGCCUUGAAAGUCAGAGCUGCGGGUCACCCUGCUGGCUCCCUGACUGCCCAUUCAGGUGCAAAGCCUGCUCAUUUUGCACUGGCAUGAAAAAUAAGUGUGUACUCAUAAACCCAUCUUUGCAUCAAGUUUGUGCACGUUACUGUCCCAUUUGAGGGAUUUGAUGCAUUUCAGUGGGAAAAGCUUCCCAAGACCUAACAUUAUCUUUUCUUGAAAGAGUUGGUCUUUGCCCAAUAGAUUUGCAAUAUGAGAUGGCCUGUAACAAAGGAAAAACCCUACAGACAGAUUAGCAACUGAAAUCCUGAGAUAGUCAAGGGUUGCACCUGGCCCUCAGGAAGCAAAACCAUGAGUCCCCCUCCCGAAAGUCACAUGCAGCCCAGAGGAAGCACAGACUGGCUGCCCAGUGCAUGCCAGGCUCAGUGGCUGAGCUCAGAAUCAGAAGGGUUUGACUUUUACUUGGGGGAAAAAAAAAAUAAGAGGAAGGAAUGACAUAAA